CCGACCUUUCGGAUCAAGCCACCCGAUGUGAUCUACGUCAAGAUUGGCGAGUCAAUCGCCCUGCCGUGUGAGGCAGUCGGCACGCCUACGCCGCAGAUUGUCUGGUUCAAGGACAAGAGGCCACUGCAGAGCAACGCCAAUGUGCACAUCCUCGCCAACGAGCUUCGCAUCAGCAGCAUUCAGCUGAACGACAUCGGCGAGUACCGCUGUACGGCGCGGAACCGCGAGGGCUCCAUGAGCACUACCACGAAGAUCAUCAUCGCCGGGCCAGCCGUCAUCACCCUUCCGCCGCGGAACCUCACCAAGCUGGAAGGCGACCGCGUGGAGUUCGUCUGCGAGGCGAAGGCCCUGCCCUCCAACGUCACCCACCGGUGGUUCCACAACGGCGUCGAGAUCAGCCACCUGCUGUGGAUGGAGAGUCGGGUGGUGGUGAAGCACGGCAGUCUGCUGAUCAACCCGAGCAUCGCCGAGGACGGCGGCCGCUACACCUGCGAGGUCUCCAACGGCAUCGGCCUGCCCGAGACCGCCGAAGCCUGGCUCAACAUUGAGUAUCCCGCUCGAGUGGUCUACUCGCCCACCAUACAGUACCUGCCAAAUGGCCUCUCUGGCAUCGUCCGCUGCUUCAUCCAGGCGUCGCCGCCCUUUCAGCUGGUCACCUGGACCAAGGACCGCCGCCCCUUUGACCCGAACUCCACGCCGGGCGUCAGCACUCUGGCCAACGGAAGUCUGCUCUUUGAGCGCGUCAGCACCGAACACCAGGGCCGCUACCUCUGUCGGCCGUACAAUCUGCACGGCAGUGCGGAGCCCUCCCAGGACAUGGAGGUCCUUGUCAGAG